AGGAGAAAGCGAGCCGCCAGUAGGUGGGCGGUGGGCAGGGCAGCUGUACCUCUCUGAGCUCCUGCUACACCGCAGACCACACUACUAACAUGCUUUAAACACUAAUGCACACACGCGCAGACGUCACACAAUGAGUUAGAAGCUGUUCCACGCGUGUGUCAGUCCAUGCACUGAAACAUGGCUCAUUGCAGUGUCCAUGUCCUGCUGCUCUUGCUGCUGGCCCUGCAGACAUCAGCUGAGGGCUCAGAUGGACAGUUGGUGUGUCUGUGUCACAGCCCGACGUGCCCCCAGGUCACCCGCUGCCAGGGAACCCGCUGCUUCUCCUCUGUCAUCGUGGGCGGCAGUGGGAUGGAGUUUGAGCACGGCUGCCUGAACGAGCUGGAGAAAGUCCGCCUGCACUGCUCCACGGCUCCGUCCUCUCGCCAGGCCAUUAUCUGCUGUUCUGAGAACAUGUGCAACAGCAACACAACCAGGACCUCUCUGGUGUCACUGCUUCCUUCAGAUGAGCCAGAAGGUGAGCCGGUGCGGUAUCGCGUUGAGACUUUGGCCCUCUUCGUACUCGGCCCAGUCGUGGUUCUGGCUCUGCUGUCUGUAGUGUCGGUGCUGGCCUGCAGGAGGCUCCACCACGGCCGUCUGCAGAGGCUGCAGGAAUUCGACACUGAGCAAGGAACCAUAGACGACCUCAUCUCCUCCAAUGUAGGAGACAGCACUUUAGCGGACCUGUUGUCCCACUCGUGCACAUCAGGCAGUGGUUCAGGUCUUCCAUUCCUCGUCCAAAGAACUGUGGCUCGGCAGAUCAGUCUGGUGGAGUGUGUAGGGAAGGGAAGGUAUGGAGAGGUGUGGCGGGGUCAGUGGCAGGGGGAGAACGUUGCUGUUAAAAUCUUCUCCUCCCGAGAUGAGAAGUCCUGGUUCAGAGAGACGGAGAUCUACAACACUGUGCUGCUGAGACACGAAAACAUUCUGGGCUUCAUGGCGUCUGACAUGACUUCUCGAAACUCCAGCACCCAGCUGUGGCUCAUCACCCACUAUCACGAGAACGGCUCACUUUAUGACUACUUGCAGCGGGUCGCCGUGGAGACGUCGGAGGGCCUGGCGAUGGCGGCGUCGAUAGCGUGCGGCCUUGUGCACCUGCACACGGAGAUCUUCGGCACAGAGGGCAAACCGGCCAUCGCUCACCGGGACCUGAAGAGCAAAAACAUCCUGGUCACAAAGGAGCUACGCUGCUGCAUCGCUGAUCUGGGACUGGCUGUGACUCACUCGCAGGCUGACAAUCUGCUGGACGUGGGCAACAACCCAAAGGUUGGCACGAAGCGCUACAUGGCUCCUGAAGUGCUGGACGAGACCAUUCAGACAGACUGCUUUGAUGCCUACAAGAGAGUGGACAUCUGGGCCUUUGGACUGGUGCUGUGGGAAAUAGCACGACGCACAUACAGCAACGGCAUCGUCGAGGAGUACAAGCCUCCGUUUUAUGAUCAGGUGCCAAACGACCCCAGCUUUGAGGACAUGAGGAAGGUGGUGUGUGUGGAGCAGCAGAGGCCUUUCAUUCCCAAUCGCUGGUUCUCUGAUCCUACCCUUUCUGCCCUGGUAAAGCUGAUGAAGGAGUGUUGGUACCAGAAUCCCUCAGCCCGGCUAACGGCUCUGCGCAUCAAGAAGACCUUGGACAAGAUUCACAGCUCUCUGGAGAAGGGCAAAGAGUCGUGAGAGGAAGCUUCUGAGGCAACAGAGGGGUCACUUUGAACGAGGGCGAUUAUUAGAGAACACGAGAGGAAAAGGAGUUCAUCCACUUUCCCUCCGUUCCUCUGCGGUUGCCUCCGCCUGACAUUUCGUGUCGUCACACAGAUCUGGUAAAGACUUUUGUUUCGCCACAGGACGCAAACCUGUUGUCGCCACUGUGUUCGCACUGACCUGAACUGUGGACUGUUACUGAGUGUAAAUAACACGGGUGGUGUGUGAUUGUUCUCCAUCCUGACGUGUAGGCAUGGGUCGGCGUGAGAUCUGGACGAUUUAAUAACUUUAAGUAAAAAUUAUCACAUUUUCACAGUAUCACGUUUACAGUAGCUGUAGAAGCAGUUUGUGUUUUAUGUCGUACUAUCAAAUAUAAUAUUGAUAACUGUGUCAGCUCAUGUUGUCCUUACAUUUAAAACAAAGUAAUGCUAUUAGCCAGGACGGUACAUUAGUAAAAAUCUGGCGAAACAAUACAUUCCCACAAACUUAUAUUAUAAAGCAUAUUUUAAGAAGACCUCUCGUAUAAAGGGGGAGGAGUCAAAUGGCUACUAGAGGUCGGAGGGUUUAGUAACACAAAAAUACCUUAGAAAUGUUGGUACGGUAUCACACUAUUAAAUAUUGCAAUAUUUAAGUCUCAAUAUUUUCUUUCAGCCCGUUAUUAUCCAUGUCGUCUACAGUGAUUCUUUCACCAUUGCUAACUCGUACCUUUGGCGUUACCUCAAAUUUGGCACAAAAAAAAGUGACACUCCCAUUUAAAAUCGUACACAGCUUAUUUAACAAAACAACUCAUACUGCAGGAACGGUAUGGUAUUUAAAAAAAAAAUUUGGCAUACUUUGGAAAGUGCAGACUGACCCAUGCCUACUGAUGCUUUAAUGCCCAUUUAAGACUGCUCUAGGUUCAGCCUUCUCUCUCUUACACUGCAUAAACACACACACUGCAUAACCAAGUCUCUUACACUGAUCCUCAGCCGCUGGUUUUGGCGCGUGGACGUGGCACAAUUGGAAAUACUUCACUCGUAUUAUAGCUUUAUCAGAACACUCACAAAAGGAAAAGAGCCAAGUGAAACAACGUUGUUUGUAAACUUUCUAAAUGUGGUAUGAUAUUUAUGUACACACUACUGAGGAUAUAGAAGACUGAUGGCGUGUGAAAUGGACUGAAUACACACAGUAUACAGGCACUGACUCUAAUGGACUUUCUAUCCCCCCACGUUAUUAUUGUUGUUGACGCUCGUAGGAAAAUGAGUUGCUAAGAGAGUGGAAACGGCAGGGAGAAUAUUCUUGCUGAGCUUGUAUUGUUGUACAAUGAAGACGGCAUAAACGCUACAUAUAAUGUUACAUGGUGGUUCUCAGACUGUAAGAACCUGCCAUUAGGAAUUAUUUUGUAUCUUAUCUUAUAAGAAUAUGACUCAAACUGCUCCUCUGUGCUCCAUGUACUUUAUGAAUGUACUGUGGCUGAUUUAGAAAAACAAACCCUCCUGUGUCAGCAAAGAGGAAUUUGAUACUGGAGGUUUUUGAAGUAGCCGGGCUUCCAUUUACUCCUCAUAUUCCAUCAUGCCACACUUUUCUGUGUUGCCUGAAUAGUGGGGGCGGUAAGAAUUCUAUGUUCAGAUGGAAAUUGUUGUAAUCAAAUUUCAUUUUGAAACUGAUUAUAAGUUUGUGGUUACAAACAAAUUUGUUCACAAAUGCUGGGAUUGUUUGUGUUGUCAAAAAAAAAUGUUGCUUUGUCAUUUUUACAUAUAUAUAAAUAAAAGUGAAUUAAAACGUU